AUGUUUGAUCGCGUGAAACAUAUGAGGAAGCCAAAAGGAGUCAGCUUUGUCGUUCCUCAUGAAAGCCUGAGAAAGUUGGCUAAGGUUGUCAAGAUCAGUUUGGGACCGGAUGCUCCUAAUGCAGUUGGAGUUGUGAGUUGCCCAGUGGAUGUACUGACUAAGGGCGAUCCUGCAAAAUUAUUUAGAUCGAGUGAAAUAUUAGCUUGGAAAAUGGGGUCGGGAAUUCAAGAACAAGGGUGGACGAAAGGUCCUUGGACUCCUUCAGAGGAUAAAUUGCUUUGUGACUAUGUCAACUUGUACGGGAAGGGACGAUGGAGCAGUGUGGCCAAGUGCACAGGUUUGAAUAGGAAUGGCAAGAGCUGCAGGCUAAGGUGGGUGAAUUAUCUCAAGCCUGGGCUCAAAAGAGGCCAAUUAACACCCAUAGAGGCUGGCAUUGUUAUUGAAUUGCAUACUCUCUGGGGUAACAGGUGGUCAACCAUUGCAAAAUACCUGCCUGGGAGAACGGACAAUGAGAUAAAAAACUACCUGAGAACCCAUUUCAAGAAGAAAGACAGAUCCCCUGAGAAGAAAGAAAAGGGUACUAAAGCAAUAAUCCCAAAACAAAAACAACCACCACAGACGCAGGAGCAGUUGCCACAAGAGAAUGACAUGAUCAAAAGGGCGAUAUCUUGUGGAAACAGGACUCCAAGUGAUCAUCAUGAGCAGAUUACGACCGAAUCGCAGGGAGGAAAAGAGAUGUUUUUCAUGCACCACCCCACUAAUUUGGAGGAUCAAUGCUUGCCUGUGACGUGUCAGGAUGUGGCAUCAUGGUUGGAUACAAUCAGAGAAGAAGACUUAUGUGGUGGCCCGAAGAACCUAGACAAUCAUCCCAAGGGCGUCAUGGAUGAUCAUCAUGAUCAAGCUACUGCUGCAGGUUUUUCUUGUGGCCGUGUGAAUUCGAUCGAUUACUUCUACAAUGAAGACUACAUUUUCCUGGAAGGCUGA